AUGUCGACCACGGCGCCCACGCAGAAGCCGCCGCAGCAGGUAUGCGACAACUGUCGCUUCCGCAAAAUGAAGUGCGACCGCGGCCUGCCGUGCAGCAACUGCGUCGUCUCGUCCAUUCCCUGCCGCUACUUGCACACGCUUCGCCGCAAAGGACCGCGAGGAGGCAAAGGCCGUCGAUUGUCCCAGAUCAGGCAGGGCCUCACGGAGCCUGACAAGAACCACUUCGACGUCAGCACGCCGGCGACGCAGAUCCAGUUCGGCGCCUUGGAGGAAUCGAAUAGGAGUCGCGGGGCAGCAGCAGGGCCUGGCGGGCAACACAAUCCACUCCUGGCUCUUGCGUCUGCGUCGGGGAUCGCGACGGAGCACGACAAGCAGAGGCUGGCGGUGGCCCUGGCGGCGCAUGUGCAGGUGUUUAUGAAGCACCUGUUCCCCAUCAUGCCGGUGAUCAAUGACAGGGAGCUUCUGGCCGACUCGCUGCGCCUGGACGAGCUGGCUCCGUCGCGCUAUGCCUUUCUGCUGUCUCUCUGUGCCGCAACGCGGAUCCAGCUGAAGCUGGACAACGCGCAAGAGUAUGACGAAACCUCAGUCGGCAUCAACACGUCGCUGGAUUCGCCUCUCACGGGCGAGGCGCUGCUGGCCGCUGCUGAGCAGGCCCGGCUGCAGUUCAACGUGGUGGAUGACCUGAGCCUGGACACGCUGCUGACCUCCUUCUUCCUCUUUGCGGGCUACGGCAACUUGGAGAAGCACUCGCAUGCUUGGUUCUACCUGAACCAGGCUAUCUCGCUUGCUCUGUCGAUAGGGUUACAUAGCGAGUCGGCCUACAGCAAUCUUCAGGAGAAUGAGCGGGAGAUGAGACGGCGGAUAUUCUGGCUGUUAUUUGUGACGGAGAGGACAUAUGCUCUUCAGCAUCGACGGCCAGUGAUGCUGCGAAACACAAUCUCAAAGCCCCAGAUUGUCGACUCAGACUGCCCCAUUGUCAUGCACGACUUUGUCAACCACGUCCGCCUAUUCGAGCUGCUGCCGUGCUCUCUCUACGAGUGGCAGCCUCACACCGACGGAUGCCAGCCGCAGGGCGUCGCCCUCAGCCACUCGAUCAGCAACAAGCUCUCCGCCGUGCAGCCGGCAGAGUCCGUCAUGGAAAGCCAGAGAUUCGACACGCUGGUCACGCAGCAGUGGCUCCGCGUGUCCAUGUGGCGGCUUGCCUUUGGCUCCAAGCCGAAUCUUGUCUAUGGCCAGGGCCUGGUGCCUGCGCUUGGCCUGCCGUUUGAUGCUGGCAAGUCCAUCAUGAAGGCCCUGGGGUCUGUGAGCCAGAGCUCAAAGGACUGUCACGGAAUCGCCAUUGAGCAAAAACUCUUUGAUAUCGGAAUGAGUCUGGCAGAUGCGUCCAUGUCUGCUUCACCCAUGCCGUCUUUCGAAUUCGGGCCUCAGGACCUCCUAGUCUCAGUGACCAAGUUCCUCGGCCGCAUCCGCGGAUGCCAAUCCCACUUAUUACCAAAGCUCUUGAAACACUCGGAAAUGAUUCUCGGCUUU